AUGGCAGCUGCUAAUGCCUACGACACCUCUCGAAUUCCGCGAGAAAUAUGGUUGCUGAUCCUCCGGCUCCUACUCAAGCCCGUCCCCCUUCCCCUCUCCCGCCCUGACCGGACCGAGCCACGACAGCAAGAUCUAUCCAGCGCAAGCAAGUGCUGCAGAAGUUUCAACGAUAUCUGUCGCCCCCUGCUUUUCGACUCGAUCGUGACCGAUGAUCUCCUCAUGGUCCUGCGCGGUUGCGAUAUCGCGUCAAAUACAGAUCCCCUACGGUACACCCGCAAACUCUACAUUGAGUACUCUACACCUUCGGCGGAACCGGCGUACGGCGACCUUUGCGCAGGUCCCAAUCACCUCUGGCAAUCUAUCGGCCUUUCGGCGGAGGACCUACACGAGACGCGAAUGAGAGACACAGAGGGGGACUGUCGGAACACGCUCCAUGCCCUGACAGCGGUGUAUAGAGCCGGAGGGAUGGAGGCGGGCAUGAAGCGAGUGUUUCCCCGCCUAGAGUUCAUCGCGGUGGCCUCUCUGUACGGGUGGGAUACCCGAUGGGACGAUUAUUACAUGGCGCGUCGCGACCAAACCGAACAGGUCUACCCAUCGUCCAGCCACACAUUACUCUUUGGACUUCUCGCCCACAGCACCGUCAAACACGUGUCAACGGCAGAUGUCAAGGCAAACCCCUGUCCUCCCUGGAGCAAACCCCCUUCUUGCUCACCUCACAUUUCGGGCCGGAAAUGCUGCACCUCCCUCUCCCCCCUUUCAGCAAAGGCGUACGUUGGGUCAGCGACAUCGGAGGACAAAAGGGAAUGGGCAAAGACGUUCAUGGGUGUCGCAAGCGCGUGCAUGACAAAUGGCAAGAUGAGGGAGAAGGAAGCCACGGAAGGCAGAGUCCGCGAGGCCAUGGACAUCGAAAUCUUCUGCUCGUCGUCCACCAUGACAUUCAACGACUUGUCUCCGACCGUCAAAGAAUUUUGCGGCCUGCCUCGGACGGAAAAGCCCACGACCUACAUUUUGCCGCCCGACGUGCGAAUGGUCAUCGCCAAAAGAUUCGGACAGUUCCUCCGAGCUUUCGCCCUCGAUGACAGCGAGCAACCGGUGGACAGGUACACGUGGCGUAUCGGGGAGGACGCUCCAAUCUGCGCGGCGUGCGGCAAGCGCCCAGUCUCAGGGUCGGAACCAGGGGAAACGGAGCACACAGGGGAAGCCGGGGAAACAUGGCGCAGCGAGGAGGCGGAGGGAUCGGAGGACAUGGUGGAAGCGGAGAAUUGA